ACGUUGCCGUUGCAUCACUAUGCUACACCGACAUAUCGCGAAUGCGCUCAAAUAUUUUGGGGACAGUAAUUUGACAGUUUUGUUUGUGACUCCGCCUCCGUUAUGGCUGAACUUUCUAUAGAGUCCUAGCAUGCUGUCAAGUAAAAGCAGAGAAUGAGUUGCAUACGGACAUUUCGCUGAUUGUUCACUUGCGGGGUAGCCAUCGGCUCCAAGAACUGAGGGGGGUCACCAUAUGUCCCGGGAGAAGUUCAAGCCACAACACCUGAACUUGAGGAAAGUGACAAAAAGCCGCGACACGUAAAAAGAUAAUCCCCAAAUUAACACAGCGAUGGCAAAACCAGAGGAUGCCUACAAUCCAGGGAGCUUAAAUGACAUCUAUAUCUCAAAACGAAGUAUCAGGAAGGCUUUCAUCAGCAAAAGGCACUAUCUCCCUCAUAAAGCCCAAGAGAAAGAGAGUAACAGCAGCCUCGGAGGAGCUCCUGGCGUCUUCACACUGUCCGGUGAGCAGGAGGAAACCAGCUCGUCCAUGGCUUGCUGUCCCGAUUUGCUGCUCUGCAUUAAGACCGAGCCUGUGGAGUGUUACCUGUCCGACAAGUUCUCCGAGCUCUCCCCAAGAGACCAGUCACCGGUCGAGCCGAAGCCGUGUUUAACCGUCUGGUCCGGCGGCAGUGAGAUGGCCACAGAGUCCCGUGAACUGAGUGACACGUCCAGAGUAAUGCGUCCCCGCAAAGCAAAGCAACGCAAAAAUCAAGCAAAGAUGAAGAAACAUCGCAAGAGUUUUGACCACUCAGAUGAACAGGAUGAGGGCUUAAAUGAUGACGAAAGCCCCCAGAUAGCCCAGGGCAACGAUGAUGAUGAUGAUGAUGAUGACGAUGAUGACGAUGAUGGCGCGGCGUCAGACGGGCGCGUGGAAGAGGACAAAGGAAAGGAAGGACCAAAAGUUCAGCCGAAGGAGGCGAGCAAAGCGGACGACAAGGCAUGCCUCAUCUUCCCGGCCAUGAAGAAGCGCGGGGUGGAGGGCGACAUGGAAAACCGGCCCUACAAGUGCACGCACUGCAACUGGGCGUUCACCAAGUCCAGCAACCUGGUGAGCCACAUCCGCACGCACAGCGGCCUGAAGCCGCACGUGUGCGACCUGUGCGGGAAGGCCUACUCGCACCAGGGCACGCUGCAGCAGCACAAGCGGCUGCACACGGGCGAGCGGCCCUACCACUGCCCCUUCUGCGAGAAGACCUACAUCUGGUCCUCCGACUACCGCAAGCACAUCCGCACGCACACCGGCGAGAAGCCGUACAUCUGCGAGACCUGCGGCAAGGACUUCGUCCGAUCGUCCGACCUGCGCAAGCAUGAGCGUAACAUGCACUUCAACAACAAGCCCUUCCCGUGCACCAAGUGCGGCAAGACCUUCAACAAGCCGCUAUCGCUGCUGCGCCACGAGCGCACGCACCUGGGCAAGCGCCCCUUCGUGUGCCCCGAGUGCGGCAAGGCCUUUGCCAUGCCCAGCCGCAUGAUGGAGCACCGCAAGGUGCACAGCGGCGUGCGGCCGUACGUCUGCCACAUCUGCAGCAAGGCUUUCACCAAGUCCUCCAACCUGCUGGAGCACCAGUCCGUGCACAGCGGCUUCCGGCCGCACAAGUGCGGCGAGUGUGGGGUGGCCUUUGCCAUGGCCUCACGCUUGGUCCGACACCAGCGGGUGCAUACUGGGGAGUAAGCCAAAAAAAGCACCCCGGUGUCAGCAGCAACAAGAAUUCAAUGUCGUGAGAAAACAAAACAGAGCGCAUCGUAGCAAACGCAAGUGCCAAAGAAUCUUCAGGGAAAGUCCGACAAUCACAGGAACAGAGCUUUAAAGACUGAAUAUUUAAUAGACAGCCUUGGUCCCAUAUGCAAAGUAGUUAAACACUGUAGUAAUGGAUUUAAUUCCUGACUGAGCUUGAAGACAUGACUGACAUAAACAUCCUCCCUAAAUUAACUGCCCAACCUUGUUUUCAAUUUGUCUCAGACCUGCCCCAUUCAAAAGAAAUUUCUUUGUAACCUUGCAACAUCACAGGAAUCAUGGAUUGAACUAAUUUCCACCUAUAAUACUGCUUGUAAUAUGCAAUAUACAAAUGCAAACGCACAAACAGACAAAAAAGCAAACAGCAACAGAACUCUUUGCUCGUUUGUCCUGAUUGCUUGUAUGAUGGACUCACUCACUGACUAUGCUGUUGUCUUUAGAGACAUGGUGUGUUCUGGAAUUGCGAUGUUAUUUUUUGGGGGUCUAAGCAGUGAAGCUGCUGGAUCCUUAUUGUAUUUGCAAGGAUUAUUGUUAGGGGUCCAAGCAGUGAAGCUCCUGAAACCCUAUUGUUUUUGCUCAUCUUUUUUUGAACUUCUUUUUUAUACUGAUUCCCUGGAAGCUCUUGAAUCCAACCCACCCUGCUACACCCAUUUCAACAUUUUCGAAAAACACAAAAGAGAAACUAAUGCACUCCUAGAUUGUUCUGAUCUGAAUCUCACAAAAUUUGGUACACAUCAUGUGAUCAAAUUUCAGGGUGUAGCCUGAGAUUAUUCUAUUGCUGAUAUCUUCUACAAAUUAAUUCACAAAUAAACAUAGUACAUGCAAUCGCAAUAACAUUCUGUAUAGGCACACCCAAUUCUGUGAAAUUCCAUCCUUAGGGGAUGCUAAAUCUGCUGCUAAAGUCUGGUGUCUGGUAAUACUAUGCAACCCCCUCAUUGCUGCUUGCAACUAUAUUUACUGCCGGAAUUUGGUUGGCUGUUAGUGGCAAUGAGUGUGCGAAUUCACAAUUAGAAUAUAGGCUAUACGCAUACCAAAUGUAGAAGGAUAACAAUUUGUAUAUAAUUUCACAUUUUUAUGUUAAGUUGUUCUUGAGAUAUCUAGUUUUAAUUCCAAACACAUCAACAGCUACAGGCCAAAGUGCUUUUUUGUUAAUUGCAGCGCCCCCUAGAGGUCAAAGGUCACCACAUUUUUAGGCGUCCUCCUAAUUGGGGUCUGAACUGCAUGUACUUAUUUUGGUUUUGAUAGCCUACAUGCAAGGGUUGCUGAGAUAUGAGCUCACUUCCUGUUUGGAGGCUUUGCCGCAAAUUUCGAUCGGCUGUUACGGGCGAACAGUUCUAGUUCCGAAGAUGAAAAGCACGUCCUGUUUGAGGCUUGGUCUGAAGAUGCUCUGUGUCAAAUUUGGUGAAAAUCCAUCAUGGUGGAAAUUGACAUCAUAGAGUGUGUUAACUCGGCUUGGUCCUAGGAUUCCAAUGAUACCUGAUUUUAUCAAAUCGGAGCAACGGGUGAAAGGUUAUGUGCAUAAAUGCACUUUCAACUUUGACCUGUUGGUGGCGUUAGAGCAUUCAAGGUACCGACAAGAAACUUGAAACUGAAAUUAAUCAUGAGACUGUCCCCAAUCAGUGUGCCAAACCAUACUCACAACCAUAAGAUUUCAGUUGUCACCAGAUUUGCCAAAAUGUCCAAAUUACAUACACCUACAAUCACCAAAGUGUUAUUCUGUACAAUAGUAAUAUUAUAUAGCUACCAACAUUGGUUGCGACUGCUGCUGUAUGUAUGGUUUCAACUUCUGCUACACUGCUUGGACCCCAUUAAUGCCCGUUUGUGGCUAUAUUCAUAAAAUUCAUUUUUACCAGCUUUUAUUACUACCUCCCUCUGACUACCUUAAUGUCUUUCAUCUCGUACUACCUUUUUAUAUCUAGUAUUGAAUUGCACUUUUAGAUUUAUUCCUAUGAAAAAUAAUAACGACAAUUCAUUAUAUUAUUUAUAAACCCACUAAUAUUGUGAGAAUUAUUAUAUACAAUUCGGAUACAUUUGUUUUUUUUUGGCCUUUACUAAUGAGUCUUUUCACUUUGUACACAGAUGU